AUGCGGUCAAGGUGGGUUUUCGGCUGGGUGCUAGAUUUUCCCAGCAAGUACUUCUGGCAUCUCACAGUCGCAAGGCUGGCCUCGUACCCCACCACGCCUUUUCUGCACGUUAUGAACCAUCAACGCGCCUUGCUUGCCAGUCUCGUGAAUGGACGUGAGAGAAUGCCAUCUUUUUUCUACCACCUUGAAUUCGAGCUCUAUCCUUACCCUUCGAUCGCAGCAGAGGCAGAAUCCACGUGUCUAAGUUCCGCGCCUUUCCUGCGCGAUAAGAAUGAGGAAGAAGAGCGUGCGAGAACUGUCCAUGUCCCCUCUCCAGAAAGCGACAUCUUCGAGACGGAACAUUGGCCUUCACACGCGCCAGCUCAGGAGGAGCAUACCAGAACACCAGGGUCAGGAACCAUCAGCCAGAAAGAACACGCACGAAGUAGGGCCAGUGACGCUGAAGCCAGGGGAGGAGGAGUAGGGGUAAUCGACUGCGGAGCGCGAGCAGCCCGUCUCCGCUCCCCGACAAGUGAAGCUUACACCACCAUCGCGGCCGAGAAACCCCUCGAGUUCCCCCCGCCCAAUCCGAAGCACGUCAAGGCGCGGCUGCAGACGGCCGUCAGAGACUGGCGCUUCGGGCGCGUGAGAGUCGAGAGUCUGGAUAUGUUGGAGCAGCCGAAGCAUAAGAGGGGCGAGAGCAGCUCUGCUGCGGUCGCGGUCGGCAAUGGGAUCAAUGCUGGGCUUGCGCCGGAGGAGACUGUAGGCUCUCAGGGGAAGGUCACGAAGGCGAGGUUCGAGAGUGUAGGGGGCAGCAGGGUCAAGAAUACGGAAGUGGGGUGGGGAGUGGUGCAUCUGUACCGAGAUGGGGAUCUGGCGUUGGGCAGUGGGGAGGAGCUGUAUGAUGUUGAAGGGGGUGAGGGAGAGGGAGAGGGAGAGGGAGAGGGAGAGGAGGAUUGCACGACGCUGUGUAUUCCUGCUGUGCCGAGCUACCUGACGACGAAUGAUUUCUUGGGAUUCGUCGGGGAGAGGACGCGGGAGGAGGUUAGCCACUUUCGAAUGGUGAUGACGGGGAGGAUGAAUCGGUAUUUGGUGCUUAUGAAGUUUAGGGAUGCGAGCGUUGCGAGGAGGUGGAAGAAGGAGUGGGAUGGGAAGGUUUUCAACAGUAUGGAGCCAGAGACUUGCCAUGUCACAUUCAUCAAGUCCAUUACUUUCCGAACGCAUACCUCCUCCACUCCAAAUACCAGCUUCCCGGAGCUCUCUCACGAUCCGUUUACGCCCUCUUCAACGCCUUCAUCCUCACUCAGGCCAUUCCCACCACCAACGCCGAACUUGGUCGAACUUCCUACCUGCCCAGUAUGUCUGGAGCGGAUGGACGACACAACCGGCCUUCUUACCAUCCUCUGCCAACACGUAUUCCACUGUGCCUGUCUUCAAAAGUGGCGCGGCAGCGGCUGUCCCGUCUGCCGCCAUACCAACCCUUUUCCCUCGUCAGAUUCUGCUUCCUACCCUCAAGACCCUUACAACCCGCCCUUUGGCAGCGGCGAGGCCUCCCUCUGCUCGGUCUGCGACAGCACCGAAGACCUCUGGAUCUGUCUUAUCUGCGGCGCCGUCGGCUGCGGCCGCUACAAAGGCGGGCACGCAAAAGAACACUGGAAAGAGGCGGCCCACAACUUCGCGUUGGAGAUUGAGACGCAGCAUGUCUGGGACUAUGCGGGCGACACAUGGGUCCACCGUUUGAUCAGGGAUAAAGGCGACAAAGUCAUCGAGCUCCCAUCAAGAAGCCGAGGGGGCCGGGGCGGCGAUGGGGGCGAGGGGGACAUGGUCCCGCGGGAGAAGCUGGAGAGGAUCGGGUUGGAGUAUACGCACCUCCUCACCUCGCAACUCGAAAGCCAACGGGUCUACUUCGAAGAGCUGGUAAGCAAAGCAGUGGCGAAAGCCUCUGCGGCGUCGUCCGCUGCGGCGUCUGCUUCUGCUCGUGCCGAAGAAGCGCUCUCCCAACUCGCCACGCUCAGCGCCGAGAACCAGAUGCUGAAACAAGACGUCGUCACGGUCCUCGAGAAAGAUCUCGCGCGGGAGAAGCGCAAGGCGGAGAAGAGCGGCGAGAUUGCGCGCGGGCUCGGCAAGAGCCUGGUGGAGGAGAAGAGGGUGAGUGAGGGACUGAUGGAGCGCAUCGGACACGUGAAUAUGCGGAUGCAGGGGGUAGAGCGGGAAAUGGAGAAGGUGCGGGAGGAGAAUCGGGAGCUGGUGGAGGCGAACCGCGAUCUGCUUUUCAGUAUCAGUGCCGAGGGGAAGAUCCGGGAGAUGGAGGGGAAUGUGCCGGCGGAGGGGGGCGUGCUGGAGAAGGGGGAGAUUGAGGGGGGUACUCUUGUCUUGCCGCCUGAGAAGAUUGGGAGGGGGAAGAAAGGGAAGGGGAAGGGACAGGGCCAGGGGAAGUAG